AUGAGUGAAAAGAAAGAAGCGUUCCAGCCGACGGUCGAGGAGGAUGUCCGGCUUGGGAAUCUCGGCUAUGAGCAAGAACUCAAACGCACCUUUGGCCUGUUAGGCAUGAUUGGGUUCAGUUUCAGCAUCGUCACAUCAUGGACUGCUCUGAGUGGUGUAUUCAUCGUCGGAGUCACGUCGGGAGGGCCUCCGGUUAUGAUUUAUGGCUUCAUCGGGGUCAGUCUUCUCACCCUGGCCGUUGCGAUCCCCAUGGCAGAGAUGUGCUCCAUGUAUCCCGUCGCGGGAGGCCAAUACUCUUGGGUAGCGGCGCUGGCACCGCCAAAGUUCGCUCGAGGGCUGUCGUAUAUCAGCGGAUGGUUCAUGCUCAUAGGUGUCCUUGCAAUGGGAGCGACCAACAACUCCAUCGCCGCCAACUUCAUCCUCGGGAUGGCCAACCUCGUCUUCCCCGAGUACAGCAUUCAGCGCUGGCAGACCGUGCUCGUUGCCUACCUCGUCGCCAUCAUCGCGGCCGCCGUCAACAUCUGGGGCCCUCACCUGCUCAACCGCAUUGCGCGCUUCAUCCUCGUGUGGAACGUGGCAUCCUUCCUGAUCACCAUGGUCGUCCUUCUCGCCACAAACGACCACAAACAGCAGCCCGCCUUCGUCUUCGUCGAGUUCCAGAACUUCACCGGCUGGGGCCCCGCCAUGGCUGCCAUCGUCGGCAUCCUCCAGUCCUGCUUCGGCAUGUGCUGCUAUGACGCCCCCGCCCACAUGACAGAGGAGAUGAAAUCCGCCUCCACCGAAGCCCCCAAGGCCAUCGUUCUCUCCGUCGUCCUCGGCGCAGCCACCGGCUUCGCCUUCCUGCUCACCCUCUGCUUCUGCAUCGGCGACAUCACCGCUACUGCAAACACCCCCACCGGCGUCCCCGUCCUCCAUAUCUUCUACGACUCCACCGGCAGCAAGCUCGCCGCCUGUUUCCUCGCAGGCAUGAUCGCCGUCAUCGUCCUCGUCGCCGGCAACAACCUCCUCGCCGAGGGCUCCCGCGCCGUCUACGCCUUCGCCCGCGACCACGGCCUCCCCUUCUCCGAAACCCUCGCCAAAGUCCACCCGACCCGCCACGUCCCCGUCAACGCCAUCCUCCUCACCCUCGCCGUGCAGCUCGCCCUCGACGCAAUCGACUUUGGCACCACCACCGGCUUCGAGACGGUCAUUGCCAUCGCGACGGAGGGAUUCUAUCUCUCCUACGCAAUCGCCCUCCUUAGCCGUCUCCUGGGCUAUGCCACCGGCCACGCCCGCACCAUGACCGGACCCUUUGCGCUCCCCGCCUGGCUCUCCCUGACCCUGAACGGACUGGGCCUGCUGUUCCUGCUCUUCGCGGCCAUCACGUUCAACUUUCCCAGCUCGUGGCCGAUCGCGACGCACUCGAUGAAUUAUACCUCGGCCGCUAUUGGCGUCGUUGCGGUGAUCGCAUUGAUGACGUGGGGUACCACGGGGCGGAAGCAUUUUACGGGGCCUGGGGUGGCAGUAUACUUGAACCGUCAUGGUGCAUGA